UCGUUGAAUCACAUAGAACCUCCAGUGACGAAAAACAAAGAAAAAGAUAGACAGAGAAGCUAUUGACAAGAAAAGAUAGAGCGUAAAAGCAGCUAAAAGCGAGCGCGAUGGGCGAUACAAGAUCCUCCGCCACCGCCUACGAUGAUUUGCUUCUCAAGAGCUUCUUUGCCGAAGUCAGCGAAGUCGAGCGAGAUAACGAAGUCGCCAGGAUUCUUUCAUGCUUCAAGUUAAAUCCAUUUGAGUAUCUAAAUUUACCAUUUGAAGCAUCUCCAGAGGAUCUCAAAAAGCAGUAUCGUAAGUUAUCUUUGCUGGUUCACCCUGAUAAGUGCAAGCAUCCGCAAGCGAAAGAAGCUUUUGCAGCAUUAGCAAAAGCCCAGAAACUCUUACUUGAUGAACAAGAAAGAGAUUAUGUUCUUACCCAGGUUAAUGCAGCUAAAGAAGAACUUCGAGCAAAGAGGAAGAAGCGGUUGAAGAAAGAUACAGCCUCCAAAAUAAAGUCAUUGGUUGAUGAGGGAAAAUAUGAUCAACAAUAUGAAUGGUCGGAAGAGUUCCAGCAGGAGCUCAAAUUGAAGGUUCGAGAAAUUUUAACUGAUCAAGAAUGGCGGAGGAGGAAAAUGCAGAUGAGGAUAUCAGAAGAGGAAGGUAGAUUGAAGAAGGAUGAAGAAGAACAAAAGGAGACGUGGAAAAGAAAGCGUGAGCAUGAGGAGCAGUGGGAAGGAACAAGAGAAAAGAGGGUUUCAAGCUGGAGAGAUUUUAUGAAGACGGGAAAGAAGGGGAAAAAGGGAGAGACUCGACCACCUAAGCUCAAGACUGAGGAUCCCAACAAAUCCUAUGUUCAAAGGCCUGUAAAGCGAGGUUAAUCGUAGCUAUGACAUAACAACCAAGUUUCCUGGGAGUUGAAGGAGGCUUUGAAUGCAGGUAUAAAAUUGUAUCAGUCCAUGUCUUGCCUGUAUAAAAUACAUGAUUGAAUUGGAUAUUAGGCUUUUGUGGAGCUUUGUCUUGUGUCUUAAAGUGAACCAAAAUCCUUGUUAAGGCUUUCUAGAUCUUAAUUGUCAGGAUACAGUUACGGAUAUUACUACAUUUAGUGAUUUCAGAAGGCUAAUUGGUUCA